AUGAUUGCUAUAGGGCUUGAAGGUAGUGCUAACAAAUUGGGUGUUGGUAUUAUAUCACAUCCUUCCAAAGGCAAACCAGCCGAAAUUCUUUCCAAUAUUCGACACACCUUUGUUUCGCCUCCAGGAGAAGGUUUCCUACCAAAAGAUACUGCGAAGCAUCAUCGAUCAUGGGUCGUAAAACUUGUGAAGCAAGCUAUGGCGCAAGCCGGAGUGAAAGUAUCUGACAUCGACUGUAUAUGUUAUACGAAAGGCCCUGGCAUGGGAGCACCUCUCCAGAGCGUUGCUAUCGCAGCGCGAAUGCUCUCUCUGUUGUGGGGUAAGGAGUUGGUAGGGGUAAAUCAUUGCGUCGGGCACAUAGAAAUGGGCCGAGAGAUUACUGGGGCACAAAAUCCGGUUGUUCUAUAUGUUAGCGGAGGAAAUACACAAGUUAUUGCAUAUGCAGAGCAAAGAUAUCGAAUUUUUGGAGAAGCGUUAGAUAUUGCAGUUGGUAACUGUUUGGAUCGUUUCGCAAGGACCCUGGAAAUUAGCAACGACCCUGCACCAGGAUACAAUAUCGAACAACUAGCAAAGAAGGGAAAGGUAUUACUGGAUCUGCCAUAUGCGGUGAAAGGAAUGGACUGUUCGUUCUCUGGAAUCUUGGCAAGCAUUGAUAUACUCGCGGCGGAACUCAAGGCGAACCCAGAGCAAAAAGAUCCAGUCACUGGAGAAGUUAUUACCACGUCAGAUUUGUGUUUCAGUCUACAGGAAACUGUGUUUGCGAUGCUGGUGGAGAUCACAGAACGAGCUAUGGCUCAUGUAGGGAGCAACCAAGUCCUCAUCGUGGGAGGCGUAGGUUGUAAUGAGAGGCUACAAGAAAUGAUGGGGUUGAUGGCAAGAGAUAGGGGAGGAAGCGUUUUCGCAACCGACGAACGUUUCUGCAUUGAUAAUGGUAUAAUGAUAGCACAGGCUGGACUUUUGGCGUACGAAACUGGCUUCAGGACUCCAUUGGAAGAGAGCACUUGUACUCAGAGGUUCAGAACGGAUCAAGUCUUCGUCAAAUGGAGAGAUUGA